CAGCCUCCAGCUGCUGAGACUUUCCAAGAAAACGAAAGAUAAACUAUGAAGCAGGAAACAGAGCAUGAGUAACUCUGAUCUGACAGUGAUGGAGCAAGAAAAGCGCCACAAUCCUAAAGACACCAGCCUGAAAUUUGUUGAUCGACCGGAUGACAUUACCCUUGAUGAUGAUCCCAAAACCCAGAGGAUAGAGAUGUCUUGUGGCCAUGCUGUCACGCCUGAAUCCCUCACAGCCUAUUGUCGCAGUCUUCUGGAUAGGGCCCAGUAUAAGUUCCAGUGUCCAGCUCUAAAAAAUGGAACAAAUAAUCAGUGCGGAGCCGAGUGGAAGUACAUGGAAGUGAGGAGGAUUGCUUUACUGAAUCAAGAGGAGCAGAACCACUUUGAGGAGACAAUGGCUGAAUUGGCAGCAGCUAAGUACUGUGAAUUCAACUCAUGCCCUGGUUGCAAUUCAUAUGUUGAGAGGCAGGAUUUGACCAACCUGUGUGUACGCUGCACCAUCUGUACAGCAGAUAGCGGUAAGAGGUUUGAGUUCUGCUGGCAAUGUCUGAGGACCUGGGAAGGGCCAGCACCUCGCUCAGACAAGUGUGACAACAGCGGCUGUGUUAACCACAAACUUGAGAAGCUGUUAAAAUGUGAAGAUACAACCCUUCCUCAGGUUCAAAACAUAAAAUGCCCCUCAUUGCGAGCUUGUCCUACAUGUGGAAACCUGGUUGAGCAUGACACAUCAGGGUGUAAGAAUAUCAUAUGCAAUCGCUGCAAUGUUGAAUUCUGCUUUUCUUGCUUAAAGCUCAAGGUCGAAUGCCUAAAAACAAGCUCAUACUUUAAACCUUGUUCAAAUGGCGUAGCGCCUCGGCAAACAUCCAUUCCAACCUGGAAAAAGUAGGUAACUGAAAUCUUGGCAUAUUAUACACCAAAAGGUACAGUUUUCGGCCACUUUAAAUGUUUCUAUGGCCAAAACCUAGUAAUUUUGUUUCAGUAGAAUAAUACAGCAGUCAUGACAAUUGUCCUCAAUUUAUACUGAAAAUCAUAUUCUGUUUUUCUUUAUUGUUUAUUAGUUUUAUAACAAGUUUUUUUGUUCAAUGUUGGUAAAAAAUAAUUUUUGAUCAUCCACAAAGCAUGUAAAACAUGGAAAAUUGUACAUUUGAUACUUAAAUACAAUGAUAAAGAUACUGAAAAACCUC